CUGCGGGGGGCGUGGCUUGCCGUGGGGCUGAGCCCAGUGUGCAGACAGUGCACUAGUUGUCAGUCCGCUCUAGUGAGCUGAGCUCUGAGCUGAGUCCGGCGCCGGUCCCCGGUCUGUGCUGUCUGAUCGCCUGGCCCGGUUUAUCUCCUUGGCAUUGUGAUUUCUAGCUGCCCACUGAUUACCCAUGAUGCUCCGGAGUGUGGGCAUGUAGCUCAGUGUGCUCGGCCCCUCCCCCCUCCCAAUCCAAGAUGGCGGUCCAGGAAUCAGCUGCUCAGCUCUCAAUGGCUCUGAAGGUUCAGGAGUACCCAACUUUAAAGGUUCCUUAUGAGGCACUCAAUAAGCGCUUUCGGGCUGCACAGAAGAACAUUGACCGAGAGACAAGUCACGUUACCAUGGUGGUGGCUGAACUAGAGAAGACUCUGAGUAGUUGUCCUGCUGUAGACUCUGUUGUCAGCCUGCUUGAUGGCGUCGUUGAAAAACUAAGUGUUCUCAAAAGAAAAGCAGUGGAAUCCAUCCAGGCAGAAGAUGAAAGCGCUAAACUUUGUAAGCGGCGGAUCGAGCACCUGAAGGAGCACAGUAGUGAUCAGACCGCAGCGGCCAACAUGUGGAAAAAGAAAAGGAUGGAUCGCAUGAUGGUGGAGCAUCUGCUGCGUUGUGGUUACUACAACACUGCCGUAAAGCUUGCCAGGCAGAGUGGAAUUGAAGAUUUAGUGAAUAUUGAAAUGUUCCUGACUGCUAAGGAAGUAGAGGAGUCCCUUGAAAGACAGGAAACGAUGACUUGCCUUGCCUGGUGCCACGAUAACAAAUCAAGACUUAGGAAAAUGAAGAGUUGUCUAGAAUUCAGUUUGAGGAUUCAAGAAUUCAUUGAACUUAUUCGGCAAAAUAAGAGGCUGGACGCUGUUAGACAUGCAAGAAAACAUUUCAGUCAAGCAGAAGGAAGCCAGUUGGAUGAAGUUAGGCAAGUGAUGGGGAUGUUGGCAUUUCCAUCGGAUACGCACAUCUCUCCUUAUAAGGAUCUCCUGGACCCAGCACGAUGGCGAAUGCUCAUCCAACAGUUUCGCUAUGAUAACUAUAGGCUCCAUCAAUUGGGAAAUAACUCUGUAUUUACCAUAACACUCCAAGCGGGACUUUCUGCAAUCAAAACACCACAGUGCUACAAAGAGGAUGGAACUUCAAAGAACCCGGAUUGUCCUGUGUGCAGCAAGUCUUUGAAUAAACUAGCGCAGCCCCUUCCAAUGGCACAUUGUGCCAAUUCACGGCUCGUCUGCAAGAUUUCAGGAGACGUAAUGAAUGAGAACAAUCCUCCAAUGAUGUUACCUAAUGGAUAUGUAUAUGGGUACAAUUCUCUUCUUUCUAUUCGCCAAGAUGACAAAGUAAUUUGUCCAAGAACCAAAGAGGUCUUCAACUUCUCCCAAGCCGAGAAAGUCUACAUCAUGUAGACCCAAGAUACUUCAUUGUGCCUCUAUAAUCUGCUGAAGAACACGAGACUGGAGUGUUCUACACAGAGAAGAAAAUACGCACAACGGGCAGGAUCGAGGCAUCAGCCCUGUCCGGUGGUUGCAUUAAUUGUCUCUUGCGACCAAAGAUAACCAAGCAACAACAAUACACACUUCACGAGGAAAUUUCAACAUACAAAAAAACAUAAACAAGUAAAAUACGUUUAUACUUUGGGAAAAUUACAAUUUUGAUUGUGAACAUUUUGUAACAUAAAGACUGAUGCUUCUGAUGAGUUUUCUUGUUUAAGAAUUUGAAAUAGUUUUUUUUAACCCUUUUCUGCUGAAGGGACAUGCAGUGCUCUGCUUGUUUCUCGAGUAGUAAGUUUGGGGUUGUAUUAGUUCUAUGUAUAGGCCUUGGGAUCAUAUCAUUAGUGCUGCUGCCUUAUUUUUUAUUAUUUUUUUGCUUUAGAGAAUGUAUUCACAUGGAAACAUUAAUCCAAUUUCCUAAGUGUUGAACCUACAGCUCACAGUAAAGGUUUGACAAAGCUUUGCAGACAUUCUACAAUCUAAAUCUUGCGUAUUCUCAAGAGCCAUGGUUCAGUCUCCAGUAUUACAGAAGACAUGCCGAGAAGGUUUCAAACCGCAAACUACAUUUUACUCUUUAUAGUCUUUAGGAACCCGUGCUGUAGAAAUUUGUAUUUAGUGCUUAUUUUUGCAUGUUGGUGUUCAUUAGCUAAUAAAAGAUUGUAAAUUAAAAA